AUGUGGUUAAUCUAUGAGAUUCAGUUAUGUUUCACCACCAUCAUUUAUCACCACCUGAUCAAUGGUCCCACAUGUCUUGUUGUUGAUAUAAUUUGGAUGGCACCAUUCAGAAAGAGUGAGGAGAGUUACCUGAACCACCCGAAUCUCUGGAGUCUCUGCAUGAAGCCUGACAAUGUAGUGGAGUUCAACCUGGGUCUGUUCUCCAUACUGUUGGUGGCCAGCAGCCUGGAGAUUGUACUGUGUGCCUUCCAGAUGGUCAACGGACUCUUUGGCUGCCUGUGCGGGACCUGCAGAGACAAAGGGCUGCAGGCAUGAACAAAAACCAACAGUGGAGAGGCUCUGGAAUGAAGUUAUAUAUGGCUUGUUGCUGAUGGACUGGCGUCACCUGCUGGACAGACAGAAGCACCUCCCUUAUAAUCUUUGUAUCUUUGGCAGUUGUUGAUUUUUAAUAAGAUCCAGUGAUGGUAUUUAUUUCAUCCUUGAGGAUGCUUUAUUAUAUGCCUGUACUUAUCUCUUCAGUUUCACAACAGAGAUUUCUUAUUUUGAUUUCUUUUUGUUGCUAUUUUUAUAUCUAAGACUUUUCAGAUACAUACAUGAAUAUAAUACACUGCCAUAAAUUAUAUGUAUGGACGUUUUGGAAAAUGUAAAUUAUAUUUCACAGAAAUACUUUUUUUUUUUUUUUUUAACUUGCCAUCUCUCAAAACAUUAGAAAAUAAUUAAACAAAUCAUUAAAUAAAACAGAUUUUCUACACAUAACCUCCUGAUCACCAAGGCACCAGAGGUUCCAGUGUGAUGGCUCAGAUGUUCUAAAUAAUACAAAUGACUUGUAAUUUCUGUGGAGUUUCAAAACUAUAAGUGUAACAAUUAUGCAUUAUAAUAGUCACAUUCCAAGCUGCUAUACAAUUAACAAUGCCCUAACAUAGAUAUCACACAAAUAAUUAUUGAGAAUAUUUUUUGGACCAUAGAAAUAGCCACAGUAAUAACAAUGCAUCAAAUAAUAUGUAGUAUGUAUGCGAGUAGGUUUCACUGUAUAAAUAUUUGAAAGAAUCAAUAUUUCUCAUAGUCCACAAAACUAAUAUUUUUUAUGCUUUAAUAUUACAUUGAUGUGGAACGGGCAGAAAUUCAAGAGUUGAAUCAACAUUGAUAAGAGUAGACUUUACUCCUGAUGGACUCAACAAGGAAAAGGGUAAUUUGUAAUUACUUGAAAGUCAUUCAAGAGGAAAGCGAAUGCUCCAAGAUGUGUACUAGGAGACGUACUCCAGUCUGACAGUACACAUUAUCCUUCCAUCUGAACUGAUCAGAUGGACUGAUAAUGGAUUUUUGUAAAUGUCAGUCUUUAUGAAUGCUAGUAAUACGACAAUUCUGAUAUAUUUUUGUAAGCACAGACAUACGGAAAAAAGAAACAAACAAUGCAAGUUUGUAACAAACUUUGUUAUUUUUGUGCAGUUUUCCAAGAAAUUAUCAUUCCAGUAAAGUACCUGAACUUCAUGCUUUGAGCAAAUGUUUUGCAAACUAGACUAGUAAUAAACCAAUAUAAUUUUUUCACAAAA